AGGGGUAAGUGAUCCUAGCGUCAUAGCUUGGUUGCAGUGCAUCCAUGUGGGGCUCAGUGUUGAGACAGAGUUGAAGUUUUUCUGUCUGACACGUUUUGCUGCUCGUCCCCGUGUCUCAUCAUGUCUUCGUCCUUCUUCAUCAAGAAGAAAGAAAACGCCAAAGUCAAGAAACACGCAGAGGCGCCAAAACGGAAGGCUGAUGUGGAUGGAAAGAGUAAAGUACGAGCGAAGAAAGCCAACUCCAAAUACAACGAGGAGAUUUCCAGCGACUCUGAGGCUGAGAGUCAUGAAGGGACCAGGAAAAGACAAUCCAAUGAAGAGCACGAGUAUGAGGAAACGCCACAGGAGAAGAAGCUCCGAUUAGCCAAACUUUACCUGGACCAACUGAAAGAAGAAGAGGAGAAGAAGGCAGAAGACGACUCAUUCGAGACCGAUCUGAUUGCGGGAAGACUUCAAGAAGAAGUGCUUGAGCAAAAAGGAAAGCUUCAGCGGUUUAUUGCCAAAGAUCUCAUGCCACCAGAUGCUUCAGAGAUCAGAGUGCUAAGAGGACACAAACUUCCAAUUACCUGUCUGGUCAUCACCACUGAUGAGAAGUACAUCUUUUCAUCUGCCAAAGACUGCUCCAUCAUUAAAUGGGAUGUUGAGAGUGGGAAGAAACUGCACACAGUACCCGGUGGAAGGAAAGGUACAGAGGAUCGACAUGUUGGACAUACUGCCCAUGUUCUGUGUAUGGCCGUGUCAUCAGAUGGAAAAUACUUGGCCACUGGAGACAUGAACAAACUGAUCAUGAUCUGGGAAGCAGAAACCUGUAAACAUCUAUAUAAAUUCACAGGACACAAAGGGCCCGUGUCGGGUCUUUCAUUCAGAAAGGGGUCUCAUGAUCUGUACAGCGCCUCUCACGAUCGCUCAGUCAAAGUGUGGAACGUGGACGAGAACGCAUAUGUGGAAACUCUCUUUGGGCAUCAGGACGCCAUCACAGGACUGGACAGUCUGAGCCGUGAGCGUUGUGUGACUGCGGGAGGAAGGGACCGCUCGGUCAGGGUUUGGAAGAUAGCCGAGGAAUCUCAGCUGGUGUUCCACGGCCACCAGGGUUCAAUCGACUGUAUCCAGCUCAUAAAUGAGGAGCACAUGAUAACAGGAGCCGACGAUGGCUCCGUGUCUCUUUGGAGUGUCAACAAGAAGAAGCCUCUCAGCACAGUGAAGCAGGCUCACGGUUGCCAUGGCGACGAAGGGCUGGAGCAGCCUCAUUGGGUGGCUUCGGUAGCGGCGCUUCAGAACUCGGAUACCGUCGCCUCAGGUGCCUCUGGCUGCUCACACAACUCACAGGUGCAGCUAUGGAAGUGUGGACAGAAUUACCGCAGCCUGGAGCCUCUGUUCAGUGUACCAGUGUCCGGGUUUGUCAACAGCCUGAAGUUUUCAAGCUCCGGUCAGUUCUUGGUGGCAGGAGUUGGACAGGAGCACAGGUUAGGACGAUGGUGGAGAAUAAAAGAGGCCAAGAAUGGGAUCUAUAUUAUUCCUCUUAAAAGGAAACUCCCUAACCCGGAGGAAGCCAAGGUGACUGAAUGAAUAGUGGACUGUUAAAUGUCUUAUUUUGUAAAUUAAAGGUUAAAAAACUG